CACACUGGCACCGCCCUCUACAUUCUCUUCCCCACUAGAAAUCUCCAUUCUCCCAUCUUUCCCUUUUUCUUUCUCUCUCUCUCUCUGAUUUUGCCACUUCUCUUAAAUCCACCACAUUUCUCCUCUGCUCUGUUCUCUCUCAGAAUCUUGCUCAUCCAUGGCGGUUCUCUUGCUCUGUUAUCUGAUAUUCUUAGCCUUCACUUCCCAUUCAAGUGCAACUUAUUGUAUUUGUAAAGAUGGACUGAGUGACCAAGCCCUUCAGAAAAGUUUGGAUUAUGCUUGUGGAGCUGGAGCUGAUUGUACUGCAAUACUUCAAAAUGGCCCUUGUUUUCAACCCAAUACUGUGAAAGAUCAUUGUAGCUAUGCUGUUAACAGCUAUUUUCAAAGGAAGGGUCAAGUUCAAGGGAGCUGUGAUUUUUCAGGCACUGCCAUGCCUAGCCAAUCUCCUCCUGCUGUAGCUUCUGGGUGUGUUUAUCCUUCCAGUCCCAGUUUCACAGGUACCCCAACCAGCACCACCCCAUCAACCACCAUCCCCGGCACGACACCAGGAACCACCACAAACCCGUCAACAACACCACCGUCGACAACAACCCCCGGCACAACUUCCCCUUCAGUGUUUGGGAGUGGGAUAAGCCCAACAGGCGGUGUCGGUCUCGGCGGGAAUAGUAUGGAUGGCAGUGCAGCUGCAGGUCUCAAUGCAGCAGUCUCUAACUUGUUCUUCUUCAUAGCCACUGUGACAUUUUGGUUGUCAGUGUUCUGUUAGGUUAACAAUGAUUGGGGGCCAUUAGUUGAUUUGUUUGGAUGGAUGGAUGGAGAGCUAGGAAGGCUGUUUUCUAAUGUCCUUUGAUGUGGAAAAGAGAAAAGGGGGGAGAAUUUGAUUCCUUAUUUGAGUGGUGGUAUGAUUUUCUACAAGAAUGGAACCUGAUCCUCUUAGAUAUUUUUCACUUUUGUGUAUCUAAUAGAGGCUGUAUUUUCCUUAAUUUUAAUGGGACUUUGUACCCACUAAUCAAUAAUGCUGCUCUUUGUUCAUUAUUAA